GGGUGUCCCAAAAUAACCCAUGAUGUGGUGAGUCCCAUAAAUUUUAAGACGUACUGUGAGAAUCUUGAAGAUAACAUUUUUCAAAGAAAGUACCAGCGAGGUAACAAUUACUGACCAAUAAUAUCGAUAUUACAAAAGAGAGGAAACAAAGUUCAACCUAAGUACUUCAUAUUUAUUAGCUUUAUAUUUACUAAUAUAUCCAAAUUAUAAACAAUUCUAAUUUUUAAUGCUAUGAUGCAACGACUAUAAAAAAUAUAUACAUAAAUGAUAUUUUGAUUGAAUGGCACACCUAAAAUUUCUAUAAUACAGAAAAUUUAAAACGGCACAAAUAAAUGAUGACUCAUUUACAGAUCUAAAACCACUCCACCAUGUGUGACGACGACGUAAGUCCCCUAGUGGUCGACAAUGGCUCCGGGAUGGUCAAGGCUGGCUUCGCUGGCGACGACGCUCCCAGGGCCGUGUUCCCCUCCAUCGUCGGCCGACCUCGUCACCAGGGUGUGAUGGUCGGCAUGGGUCAGAAGGACGCCUACGUCGGCGACGAGGCCCAGAGCAAGCGAGGUAUCCUGACUCUCAAGUACCCCAUCGAGCACGGCAUCAUAACCAACUGGGACGACAUGGAGAAGAUAUGGCACCACUCUUUCUACAACGAGCUCCGCGUUGCCCCUGAGGAGUCUCCAGUCCUCCUCACUGAGGCUCCCUCAACCCCAAGGCCAACCGUGAAGAUGACCCAGAUCAUGUUCGAAACCUUCAACACCCCCGCCAUGUACGUGGCCAUCCAGGCUGUGCUGUCCCUGUACGCCUCUGGUCGUACCACUGGCAUCGUACUCGAUACUGGAGAUGGUGUUACCCACACCGUCCCCAUCUAUGAAGGUUACUGCCUUCCCCACGCCAUCCUGCGUCUCGACCUGGCUGGCCGUGACCUGACCGCCUACCUCACCAAGAUCAUGACUGAGCGUGGCUACUCCUUCACCACAACGGCUGAACGAGAAAUCGUUCGUGACAUCAAGGAGAAGCUUUGCUAUGUCGCUCUUGACUUCGAGAGUGAGAUGAGCGUGGCUGCUGCCUCCUCCUCCCUCGAGAAGUCCUACGAGCUGCCAGACGGUCAGGUCAUCACCAUCGGCAACGAGCGCUUCCGCUGCCCUGAGUCCCUAUUCCAGCCUUCCUUCCUGGGUAUGGAAUCUGUUGGUAUUCACGAGACCGUCUUUAAUUCCAUCAUGAGGUGCGACAUUGAUAUCAGGAAGGACCUGUUCGCCAACAACGUUCUGUCUGGCGGUACCACCAUGUACCCUGGUAUUGCUGACCGCAUGCAGAAGGAAAUCACUGCCCUGGCUCCAUCUACCAUUAAAAUUAAAAUCAUUGCUCCUCCUGAACGUAAGUAUUCCGUGUGGAUCGGCGGCUCCAUCUUGGCUUCUCUGUCCACCUUCCAAUCCAUGUGGAUAACAAAGGAAGAAUAUGACGAGUCUGGCCCAGGCAUUGUCCACCGCAAGUGCUUCUAAACGUGCAAAUGUAUAACGUCAUAUGAAAACUUCUAUACCCAAAACUGUCUGUUAAAAUGAUGGCAACAGAUCCUUCUUCGAUAUUACAAAAUAAACCAUAUUUAUUUAU